ACUCCGGCCGUAUAGAUUCCGUGGCUUGCUUGCUCAAGCUUGAGCUACCUGCUCCGCUACAGUAUACGUGAGUGUCCUUUUUAACCCCAGCAACAAACAGCCAACAGCACCCAAGCCCCUUUAUCAUACACAGCCUCUCUGCUCUCUGUCUACCAUUCUAUCUCUGGGAGUUCCAGUGAGAUAAUUGCAGCUCGAUCUAGAGAGAGAGACAGAGAUAGAGAGGGGUAGUCUAGGGAGAGAGGAAGAAGCGUGAAGAAGCUGGGCAUGGACCAGGAGAGCGAGGGCACCACCGUGGUGCUGCAGGAAGCGCCAGCAGCGGCCAUGGAGGAGACGACGGCAAAGCAAGGAGGAGGAGGCAAGAAGAGGAGGAGCAAGCAGCAGAGGCGGUCGUCAGAAGGGAGGAAGGCGAGGAGGGAGUACCGGCUGGUGAGCUACGCGGAGCUGCCGGAGUACAUGAAGGAGAACGAGUUCAUCCUCAACCACUACCGCUCCGAGUGGCCCCUCCUCAACGCCUUCCUCAGCGUCUUCUCCUGGCACAACGAGACCAUCAACAUCUGGACGCAUCUGGUCGGGUUCAUGGUGUUCUUGGGGCUCACCGUGUGGCACCUCGCCCAGUACUUCCCCCAGGUGGCGCACCUCAUCGGCCACCUCUCCUGGCCCAUCUCAAAGGUUGCAGAGAACGUCUCCAGCAACAUAGGCGACGUCAUCUCUGGCGCGGCAUCGUUCAUGCAGGCGAGCCCGGGCCUGGCGAUGGCGGCGGCGGCGGGGGUCGGGCCGACGACGCGGUGGCCCUUCUUCGUGUUCCUCGCCGGCGCCAUGUUCUGCCUGCUGAGCAGCUGCGCGUGCCACCUGCUCUCCUGCCACUCGCACCGCCUCAACCUCUUCCUCAUCCGCCUCGACUACACCGGCAUCGCCGUCAUGAUCGUCGUCUCCUUCUUCCCGCCCAUCUACUACAUCUUCCAGUGCGAGCCGCGCUGGCAGCUCGUGUACCUCUCCGCCAUCUCCCUCGCCGGUGCCGCCACCGUGUACGCGCUCAUGUCCCCCCGGCUCAGCGCCGGAAAGUACCGCGCGUACCGCGCCCUGCUCUUCGUCGGGAUGGGCCUCUCCGGGGUUGUCCCCGCCGUGCACGCCGCCGCCGUGAACUGGCACGAGCCGCGACGGAAUGUGACGCUGGCGUACGAGGGGGCCAUGGCGGCCUCGUACCUCACCGGCACCGUGUUCUACCUCACGCGCGUGCCGGAGCGGUGGAGGCCCGGCAUGUUCGACCUCUGCGGCCAGAGCCACCAGAUCUUUCACUUGCUAGUCAUCGCCGGCGCGCUCGCGCACUACGGCGCCGCCAUCGUGUUCCUUAGGGUCCGCGACGAGAUGGGCUGCCCGGCUAAGUGAUAGAUAGCACCAUCAUCCAUACCGCCAUUGGAAGGCCAUUUAGAGCUGCCCGCAGCUUAACAAAGUACUAUACCACCAAACUAAUGGCGAUCACCAUGAAUGCAGAUGAUGAUACAACAAAUUUUAGGAGAA